AUGUCGAACGACAUAAAAAAUAAAAUUGCUUUAAGACCAAAGGAACCGGCUACUAGAGGAAAACCGGUUGAGGUUAUAGUUAAUUAUAUAGAAAUUAAAGGAAGUUUCAAAUAUCCUACUGUUCACUCUUAUACUUUAGAAGUUAAACCUCAACAAGGAAACAAAGCAAAAAGAGAAGAAUCUGAAGCCGUUUUUUAUCAAUUACUUAAAAAUAAGGAGUUUGGUCAAAAUGUUUCUCCAGUAUAUGAUGGUAACAUGAUAUAUUCUUAUAAAAAGCUUUGCAAUGGUAAAGAUUUUAAAAAAUUUUUUGGGAUUAAUAUUCCUCUCCAAGACGGUGCUGGUCGUGCAAAAAAGUUUAAUGCC